AUGAAUCCAGUCCGCUCUUUGCAGCGACUGGGUCAGGUUCUCCCUUGUUCGUCGAUUCUCCCCACGUUGUCACGCAGCUUCACCAGCUCCAUCCCGACGUUAUCGAAGGGGAAUACUCCGCAAGGAUGGACUCCGACGCCCUUUGUGACGGAGACGGUGGGCGGUGGUUGGCACACAUAUGAUAUCUUCUCGAGACUUCUUAAGGAACGAAUCAUCUGUCUCAAUGGCGAAGUCGACGAGACCAUGUCUGCUUCUAUCGUCGCGCAACUGCUAUUCCUCGAAGCCGAUAACCCACAGAAACCUAUUCAUCUCUAUAUCAAUUCCCCUGGGGGGUCCGUAACAGCCGGCCUCGCCAUCUACGACACAAUGACCUACAUCGCCUCACCCGUCAGCACCAUCUGCGUCGGCCAAGCCGCAUCGAUGGGCUCCCUUCUCCUGUGCGGCGGCCACCCCGGGAAACGAUUCUGUUUACCGCAUUCGUCGAUCAUGAUCCAUCAGCCUUCGGGCGGGUAUUUCGGCCAGGCGAGUGAUAUCGCCAUCCAUGCCAAGGAGAUCCUGCGGGUGCGAGAGCAACUGAAUAAGAUCUAUAAGCGCCAUUUGACGGGGAAGAAGGAGUUGUCGAUGGAGGAGAUUGAGAAGCUCAUGGAGCGGGAUUAUUUCAUGGGCGCGCAGGAGGCGUGGGAGAUGGGUAUCGUGGAUGAGGUCCUCGAUCGACGGGUGAAGUCGAGGGAUCAAGGAGGUGAAGGAGAGGGGAAGCCUCCGGUGGUUUAG